CUCGCAGCAAAGUGAAAAGUUUGACUCUCUAGCCGAUAAGGAGCGAAUAGCAAAUUGUUCGAUCGCUAACAGUUACUUCUUAAACGAUAUGACGGCUUUGAGUCAAGCCAUUCGAAACAAACGUUGGAGACAAGCUCGAUUGCUAAUCGAAGCUGGCUCUGAUAUAAACUGGAAAGGCCAAAACAAGCGUUCUGUGAUUAUGGAGGUUUGUUUCCUAGACGACGAAGAGAAAGCACUCGGCUUGGCAAAGAUGCUUUUAAAAAACGGAGCUGACCUGAAUUUUCAGGACGAACAAGGGCUUACCACCUUGUCGUAUGCGUGUAUUUUGAAAAGGAAAAAACUUGUCGCUCUGUUUCUUCAGUAUGUGGACUAUGAUUUAAACGCCGUCGAUCGCGAUGGAAACACGGCACUCUUUCACGCAAUUACCGUUGGAGAUAUUUCGAUUGUCAAGAUGAUUGUUAAGAAAUUGAAAUACUACGCUUUAAGUGUGGAUACACAAAAUAGCAAAGGAGAAACGCCGCUAAUACAUGCACUAAAAGUAGGGCAUGCCCAGUGUGCAGAUAUUUUGAUUGAAGAUGGAAAGGCUUCGUUGGAAGUAUGCGACUUGGAGCACUAUAAAACUGCAGCACAAUGGAAAAAAGAAAUGCAGCGCAAAAGAAAACGGAUUAUUUCUCCUUUUUACACCGUCGAAAAUAAGGUGACAGAAAAAUCAACGCAAAAGUUGCGCAAGACUGUGAGCGCAAAAGCGAUGAAAAGUUGUCUGUUUCCAGACAUUGUCGAGAGGAAAAAGAUGAAGAAGGAUCGGCCUUUAACUGCGCCUGAUAGAAUUAUAGUUCCUGCCUUUUUUACUCCUUGUACGCCAGUGCAGGAAGAUUUAUUAAGACUUUAUGGAAUAUUCAAUCAACAAACCACUAGCUCAUAUCGCAAAGGGUAUAAAUUUGUCCCGAAACCGGUCAAACCUCUUCCGCCAUUAGCCGAAGAAGGCACAGAAGGCAUUGAAGAAAACCCCUCGGAGCAAGGUAAAUCUAAAAUGAACUUCUCGCAGAUAAACGAGAUCAACGUAAGACUUAAAGGUUUGCAAAAAGCCGUCAAAAACAGGAAGAAUUCUUCUUCGCCACUGAGUAACACAAACACUGCAGGAUCACCUCUAAAUUCAGAAGGAAGAGUGAAAUCAGGUAAGAAAAAGACUGCAAAGUUAGUACGUAAAGGAGAGAGCACGGAAUCACCAGGAAUAGAGAUAUCCUUAGAAGCUGAAAAAAAUUAACGAUUUUACUGAAACGAACACAGUAUCAAUCUUGAACGACUUCAAUAACUGAGCAGCUUUCAAAGCACAUUAAAGAUUGAUAAUAAAACGGGGCCACUGUAGACAAGAACGACUAUAGCGCGAACUAUUUACAAAAAUAACAGUGGGAGCUAAUCAUACAUGUAUAUGUUUGCAACCAGGCUUCAUUUUCCUUGUUUUAACUGCGAAGAUCAGUGGAAGGAUAGUUCUCCUUUGAUGCAAAAGGUAGAAGUCAAGUUCAGUCUUCUAGGGAUGCUUCGUUAAAAAUCAAUCACAAAAAAAAAUAAUAAUUGCCUACAACCUUGAGGGGUAUGCUGAUGGUAAGGAACAAACGACAAAUAUAAACUAUUUUUAUUAGUUUCAUAACAGCUGGUUGCGAAAACACAUUACACCUACACCAAAAACAAACAAAAAAUAAAACAUAUGGUCAAGUUUGCGAAGAAAAUACAAGCCUUGUGAUUGGCUGACGGCGGUCGAUUUAUAUUUUCAUUUAUAAAAAAGACGUUCAGAAACUAAACCAAGACAAAACUGAGGCCAUGUCUCUCUAACACACGGAGACAUCUAUCGUAAGUUUUCUGUUUCACUAGCAACAAGCAAUUUAGAGCGGUAGGAGUUACGAUUUGAUAUAGCGUUGAUAGUUCCUGACCACCGUCUCAAAUUUUCGCGUACACUCUGAGAAAUCAGCGCUAACGGCGAGCGACUUGUAAUAGGGACAAAGCGCAAGAGAAGUAGGGAGAAAAGUUUCCCUUACUCCUUCGCGUUGAAAUGCAUCACUUAAAAAAGAUGGCAAAAAAGAAAAUUUCAAGUACGCAGGGUGUGCGACUGAUAAAGAACAUGGGAAAGACUUUUAUUUUAUAUUUUGUUUAUUGUCAAGAAACUAGGAAUACAAAUCAAAUUCAAGACGUUGCCAACUUUACUUCAAUGCUUGAAUUACAAAAAUCCUUUUUCGCCUUCAGUUCAUUAACAUAAUCGUUCAUUUUACAAUCAAAAAAGGUAAUAAAUAAGAUAUCCUCACAAAUACUCUUGCGAAUGUCAGCGUCAAUCCCAAAGAUAUGAAACAGAGUGCAUUUCGACGCUCUAGAAGAGCUUGUUAAAAUUAUGUUAUUAUUACUAAAGUUAACCAGUUUGGCGUUCUUUUUAAUAUCAUGUGUAAUUUUCAAUAAUAAAUGAUACAAUAGUGAUAUUUUACAUAUUUGUUAAUAAAAA